AUGCUUGAUCGACUUCGUGUAACAUGUUCUCGUUGUGGACAGAAAGAUGUGCAACGAGAGAACUUUAAUGAUCAUUUCAAAAAAUCAUGUCCAAAACGUAAUGUUAUUUGUUCUGCAGCUGAUCGCAAGUGUCCUUGGAUGGGACCUCAAGAUCAACUUAGCAUUCAUUUGACUUCCUGCGUUUUUCAUAGUCUUCGGUCGGUUCUCGAGGAAUUUAUCGCCGAAAAUCGGCAACUUAGAGAACAACUACUGCAACAAACAACACAGAUCACCACUCUUCAAAAUCAAGUGCGACAACUGCAAGAACAGAUUGUGAAUCAUACGACCGAUAUCCAUGAGCUUCAAAACGAAGAGCAAGAUCAAAAUUCUGAGAUGUCCGUAAUCAAUGAAUGGGGCUAUAAGCAUGAAGAUGAGAUGGAUCAACUAUGGGAGAAUAUAAAUCGUGAUGCAUAUCAUAAUUAUCAACUUCAAAACUGGAUUGCCAAAUGUGAACAUCGUUCGAAAUUAUCCUUAUCUCAGAUUCCAUUAAGCGAUCGUGAUAUGAACAUUGUCAUUGUGCAAGGUCUCAUUUACAAACAAUGCACAAAAUUAGAACUAAGGGCGAAUGAGAUUACUACAGAAGGAAUAUUCCUUCUAGCUGAAUCACUUCAAAGCAAUACAACAUUGUUAAUACUAGAUCUUAGAGGAAAUGAUAUACUUGAUGAAGGUGUGUAUGCCCUAACAGACGCACUCUCAACAGCCAAUACAACUUUGAAAUUGCUUAAUUUCUCCGAUAAUAAUACUACAGAUCAAGGUGCUGAGCAUUUUGCUAGGAUGCUUGAGACCAAUAAGACAUUGACUCAUCUAUGGCUUGAUACGAAUCAGAUAGGCGAUCAAGGUAUUCAGAUGUUGGCCGAUACACUUAUGCAUCGCAACACUAGUCUCGAACAAUUGUAUCUCAACGAUAACAAGUUGGUGACUGAUGCAAGUGUUGAUUAUCUCGUUUUUAUGCUCGAAAACAAUCGAACUCUUCAACUACUCGAGAUGGCCAACUGCAAUCUGUCCGAAGCUGGCAAAGAAAAACUUAACUGUGUCGAAAAAUUAAAGAGUUUUAAACUGAUUGUUUAA